CAUCUCCAAAAGACACCCUCCUACUCCUUUGCUUCCCUGCACAAACCCUAAUCACACAGAGCGCAUAGUCGAGAAAUGGGCAGCCUUGAUUCGAACACGCCAACGGACCACGCUGCCGGACAGUUCAGCCCUCUCGACCCCGAAGAAUUCCGGCGACAAGCCCACCAGAUGGUCGACUUCAUAGCCGACUACUACAGAAAAAUCGAAACCUACCCGGUCCUCUCCCAGGUCCAGCCCGCCUACCUCCACUCCCAGCUCCCUCAGACCCCGCCGUACCGGCCCGAGCCCAUGGACGCCAUCAUGAAGGACGUCCAGAGCCAGAUCAUCCCCGGUAUCACCCACUGGCUCAGCCCCAACUUCUUCGGCUUCUUCCCCGCCACCGUCAGCACCGCCGCUUUCCUCGGCGAAAUGUUGUGCACCUGUUUCAACUCCGUCGGCUUCAACUGGCUCGCCUCCCCGGCCUCCACCGAGCUCGAGAUGGUCGUCAUGGAUUGGCUCGCUCAUGCCCUUAAACUCCCCUCCUCCUUCAUGUUCUCCGGGACCGGGGGCGGGGUAAUACAGAACACAACCAGCGAGGCCGUCCUCGUCACUCUCGUUGCGGCAAGAGAUCGAGCACUUGGUGUGCACGGCAUCGACUUCCUCUCCAAGCUCGCCGUCUACGCCUCCGAUCAGACCCACUCCACCUUCUCCAAGGCCUGCAGGAUCGCAGGGAUAAACCCGGCCAACAUCCGCUCCCUGCCGACGUCCGUCGAGGGCGGUUUCGCCCUCUCCCCGGCGGUUCUCCGGUCAGCGGUGGAGGAAGACCUGGCCGCGGGGUUAAUCCCGCUUUAUCUCUGCACCACCGUGGGGACCACGUCGACCACGGCCGUCGAUCCGAUCGGUGCGCUGGCCGACGUGGCGAGGGACUACGGGGUGUGGGUCCACGUCGACUGCGCGUACGGUGGGAGCGCGUGCAUCUGCCCCGAGUUUCGGCACCACUUGAACGGGGUCGACCUGGUCGACUCGGUCAGCCUCAGCCCGCACAAGUGGCUGCUCAGCUACCUCGACUGCUGCUGCCUCUGGGUCAAGCAACCCGGUUCGCUGGUUCGGGCGCUGAGCACGAACCCGGAGUAUUUGAAAAACAAACCGAGCGAGUCGAGCUCGGUCGUGGACUUCAAGGACUGGCAGGUGGGGACGGGCCGGAGGUUCAAGUCACUCCGGCUCUGGCUCGUGAUGCGGAGCUACGGGUUGGCGAACCUUCAGAGCCACAUCCGGUCGGACGUCAGGAUGGCGAGGAUGUUCGAGAGGCUGGUCCGGUCCGACCCGAGGUUCGAGGUCACGGUGCCGCGAUUAUUUUCGUUGGUAUGCUUCCGGUUCGUUCCGAAGCGGGCGAGGGGGCCGGGUCAGAUCGAGAGGGCGAACCGGAGGCUGUUGGAUUGGGUCAACGGGACGGGUCGGGCUUUCAUGACGCACACCGUGGCGGGAGGGAAAUUCAUGCUGAGGUUUGCGGUGGGAGCUACGCUGACUGAGGAGCGACACGUGCUGGCUGCGUGGAAGUUGAUAAAGGAAGGAGCCGAUGGGUUGGAGAGGAGUUAGAGAAAUUAGUAUGGAAGGUUGACUGACUAGAAAAAGUCAAACUACUACAUCGUUGGGG